UUUGAGGUGGCUGGGAUUGGUCAGAACUGCCGGAAAGAGGGAGGAGCCGGUCUGUUUUUGUCUCCAGAUGACAGGAGUUUUAUUUGUGAAAAGGUUAGAGAAAGAAACUGCCUUGAAGAGCAGCACCUCGCCUGAGAAAACCGUGAGGGCUUGAUUGGGUUCCGAGCAGCCAUCUUCAGAGUGGCCAGGAUUUACUCCCACCAAUCCCUAAAGAGAGUAAAAGGAGACUAGGAGGUUAGCUAAACCCACUUGUGGAGAUUGAUGUCUCCUGGGGCGAUCAGAACUGCAAAUAAUCUGAGCUCAGCAGGAGACAGGUACAAUCUCAGAAUGAAAUUUGUCACAAAGAAACAGGCAGUUGAGUGAGGUCCUGUGAGAAACUGAAAACAGCGGAUGCCGUUGGUCUCCCACUCCCUUACAGCUGGCUAGGAGUACUUUUCCCUACCUUGUCCAAAAAGCACUGCCACAAAAAAAAAAAAUUUGUACACAGUAACGAUAUUUGAACACAGAGUAUGUGGCAGAGUUAUUCACAAUAGCUGUAAGGUGGAAGCAGCUCAAGUGCUACAGAGGGAAUAAAUGAAUAAACAAAACGUGGCACAUAACAUACAAUGAAAAUUAAUCAGCUUUGAAAGGGAAGGAAAUUCUGACACAUGGUGUAACAUAGAGGAACUUGAAGUAUUAUGCUAAGUGAAAUAAGCUGGUCACAAAAAGGAAGAAUUAGUGUAUAAUUCUACUAACAUGAGGUACCUAGAGUAGUCAAAUGAUGAGAGAAAGAAUAGUGGUUGCCAAGAGCUGAGGGAAGAGGGGAAGGAGGAGUUGUUUAAUGGGUCUAGAAUUUCAGUUUUGCAAGAUAAAAGAUUCUGGAGAUUGGUUGGACAACAAUGUGAAUGAACUUACUACUGAACUGUGUGCCAAAAAAUGAUUAAGAUGGCCUAGGAAAACCAUGGCUGCUGCUAAGGGUACGGCCAUUGGCAUCGACCUGGGCACCACCUACUCGUGCGUCGGGGUGUUCCAGCACGGCAAGGUGGAGAUCAUCGCCAACGACCAGGGGAACCGCACCACCCCCAGCUAUGUGGCCUUCACGGACACCGAGCGGCUCAUCGGCGAUGCGGCCAAGAACCAGGUAGCCAUGAAUCCACAGAACACUGUCUUUGAUGCCAAACGUCUGAUUGGCAGGAAAUUUAAUGAUCCUGUAGUGCAAUCAGAUAUGAAACUUUGGCCUUUUCAAGUAAUCAAUGAAGGAGGCAAGCCCAAGGUAAUGGUGUCCUACAAAGGGGAGAAAAAAGCUUUCUACCCUGAGGAAAUCUCUUCUAUGGUACUGACUAAGAUGAAGGAGACUGCUGAGGCUUUUUUGGGCCACACUGUCACCAAUGCUGUGAUCACCGUGCCAGCCUAUUUCAAUGACUCUCAGCGCCAGGCCACCAAGGAUGCAGGUGUGAUUGCAGGUCUCAACGUGCUAAGAAUUAUCAACGAACCCACAGCUGCUGCCAUUGCUUAUGGCUUAGAUAAAGCAGGUCAGGGAGAGCGACACGUCCUAAUCUUUGAUCUGGGUGGAGGCACAUUUGAUGUGUCCAUACUGACCAUAGAUGACGGGAUUUUUGAGGUGAAGGCCACGGCUGGGGACACGCACCUGGGUGGGGAGGACUUUGACAACAGGCUGGUGAGCCACUUUGUGGAGGAGUUCAAGAGGAAGCACAAGAAGGACAUCAGCCAGAACAAGCGGGCCGUGAGGCGGCUGCGCACGGCCUGCGAGAGGGCCAAGAGGACCCUGUCGUCCAGCACCCAGGCCAACUUGGAAAUUGAUUCACUUUAUGAAGGCAUUGACUUCUACACGUCCAUCACCAGAGCCCGGUUUGAAGAGUUGUGUGCAGACCUGUUUAGGGGCACCUUGGAGCCUGUGGAGAAGGCUCUUCGGGAUGCCAAAACAGAUAAGGCUAAAAUCCAUGACAUUGUUUUAGUGGGGGGCUCCACCCGCAUACCUAAGGUUCAGAAGCUGCUGCAAGACUACUUUAAUGGUCGUGAUCUCAACAAAAGCAUCAACCCCGAUGAGGCAGUGGCCUAUGGGGCUGCAGUACAGGCAGCCAUUUUGAUGGGGGACAAGUCUGAAAAGGUACAGGACCUGCUGUUGUUGGAUGUGGCUCCCCUGUCCCUAGGGUUGGAGACGGCCGGGGGCGUGAUGACCGUCCUGAUCAAGCGCAACUCCACCAUCCCCACCAAGCAGACGCAGAUCUUCACCACCUACUCAGACAACCAGCCUGGGGUGUUGAUUCAGGUGUAUGAGGGCGAGAGGGCCAUGACUCGGGACAACAACCUGCUGGGGCGCUUUGACCUGACUGGAAUCCCUCCUGCCCCCAGGGGAGUGCCCCAGAUUGAGGUAACCUUCGACAUUGAUGCAAAUGGUAUUCUCAAUGUAACAGCCAUGGACAAGAGCACGGGCAAGGCCAACAAGAUCACCAUCACCAACGACAAGGGCCGGCUGAGCAAGGAAGAGAUUGAGCGCAUGGUUCUGGAUGCUGAGAAAUAUAAAGCUGAAGAUGAGGUCCAGAGAGAGAAAAUUGCUGCCAAAAAUGCAUUAGAAUCCUAUGCUUUUAACAUGAAGAGUGCUGUGAGUGAUGAAGGCCUGAAGGGCAAGAUUAGUGAGUCUGAUAAAAAGAAAAUACUGAAUAAAUGCAAUGAGGUUCUUUCAUGGCUGGAGGCCAAUCAACUGGCUGAGAAAGAUGAGUUUGAUCAUAAGAGAAAGGAAUUGGAGCAGGUGUGCAACCCAGUCAUCACAAAGCUCUACCAGGGAGGAUGCACUGGGCCUUCAUGUGGAACAGGGUAUACACCUGGAAGGGCUGCCACAGGCCCCACCAUUGAAGAAGUAGAUUAAUCUUAUCUGGAGCUGGAGGGUUCUAGGGUGCCUCUAAGAUGAAUUUUGUUUCCCUCAUCUUCAAACAUGAUUAUGAUUCUUGAAUUGACCUGAACCUAAAUUACCAUCCUUUUUGGAUCAUGAUGGAGGAGUCUCAUACCACCUUUCACACUCCAAUGUCCUGUUUCUGACUCUGAAAUGAGACUGUUAGGAAAACUAGGCCCCUCUCUGAACCAUUUGCAGAAUUUGAAUGUCUGUUAUUUAUUUCUGGCCUCCCCAACUUUCUUCUUCCUGUGUAGAUGGUUAUUUGUCCCUCAGUAAAUUUGUUCCUAAAGCAAAUU